AUGGACGAACGCGGAGCGGAAACCGAUGUCCUGGCCCCGAGCACCGACAGCGUCGACAAAGCUUCUCGUAAGAAGCUCAUUCUAGCGGGCACUCUCUUCGGUAUCAUCCUUAUAGUCAGUUCUCUUGUAACUGUCGUCUGUAACGUCUACAUGCUCUUCAAGCCACAGACUAGCCCAGUACGCUUUCCGAUACUGCCGAAACCAGAACCGACCAUGACCCUCAAAGUACGCGUGGCCGACAUGGAGAACAACUUACUCUCGCUCCUCAACAAGAACGGUACGCUGUUCAAGGAUGCGGAAGCUCAGCCGCCGCCGCCGUUGCCGCAGGCCAGGGCAGACGAUCGACCUUACUUCGCUGCACGAGGACGUGUCCUACCGGUAGAUGCAGAACGCCAGAUGUACAGUGAAGGUAACCACGCCAAGGAACUGGUGAUAAUCCCAGCUCCGGAGUGUGGCCAAGUGUGGGAGAACCAUAGGAUCGACUGCCACCCUGACCGUCCGCCCUCGCACCAGUCUUGCCUGAGACGCGGUUGUUGCUACGAGCCCGUUAACGUCACUGGGGCCCCGCCUGAUGCAGGGUUUAUUCUUCCACCCGCGUGCUUCUACCCGUCAAAUUACCUUGGCUACAAGGUGGAAGCUGUCGAAAACAGCCUAUUCGGAACCAUCGUCAGAGCGAAGCGAGUUACCCCGUCGGGAUUCCCGAAGGACGCCGACUCCAUUGUAAUUGAAGUGGUCAAUUACGAUGACUUUACCGUGCGGAUACGAGUGACCGACGCGAAAGUAAAAAGGUACGAGGUACCAUUCCCAAAAGUGCCUGACCGGAAGAAGACGCACCCAAAAUUUUAUGACGUCGUGGUUGCCUUCUGCGGGGAACUGCAGGUCGUUAGGCAGUCUUCCAGGAAGCCCGUCUUUCAUACGAAUAUUUCCACACUUGUAUACGCAGAGCAAUUCCUGCAGCUGUCAACUCGACUACCGUCUCGGUUCGUUUAUGGAAUCGGGGACGUGAAGUCGCCAUUGCUUCGCAGCACAGACUGGUACAGAAUCAUGCUCUUCAAUGCCGGCCGCUCGCCGACAGAAGGGAAGAACUUGUACAGCUCCCACCCGUUCCUCCUAACGCUCGAAGAGAACGGCGAUACCACAGGAGUGUUCCUUCUGAACAGCAAUGCAAUGGACAUUGUUCUCCAACCGAGCCCUGCCGCGACGUUCCGGACAAUCGGAGGUAUCCUGGACUUUUUCGUCUUCCUGGGUCCAACACCGCAGCACGUAGUCCGACAGUACACUGCUGUUGUGGGAAGGUCAUUCAUGCCUCCUUAUUGGAGUCUGGGAUUCCAUCUUAGUCGAUGGGGGUACUCAACGAUUGAGGAGGUUCACGAUGUCUGGAAGAGGAACUUACGAAUGGGCAUCGCCGUGGAGGCCAUAUGGCUCGAUGCGGAUUACAUGGAGGACCUGAAACCGUUCUCCUACGAUCGGUCGCGGUUUGCGGGGCUUCCGGAGUUCGCGCAGGACCUCCACAAGCGAGAUACAAAAUUGGUCCUCACUUUGCACCCUGGUAUUGACAGCAACCGUGGCAGAGGCAGUUAUCUUCCGUUCGACGAGGGUGACAGGCGUGACAUCUUCAUCCGAAUGGAGAACGAAGAAUAUAACCACGGUUUGAUUGGCAACAGAAGUGGAAUUGUUUUUCCGGACUUCACGAAUCCGCUCUGUCAGGAAUAUUGGAGUCAAAUGCUGUCUUACUUUCACCAGACGAUUCAUUUUGAUGGUCUGUGGUUGGACCUCAACGAACCGUCGUCGCUUUACACUGGUUCGGAAGUGGGCUGUCCCAGUUCAUCGUUCGAAAAACCGCCGUACCUUCCUGGAGAUGGUCAAGAGGUUCUCUCAACGAAAACCCUCUGCAUGACGUCCAGACUUUUCUCCUCUAUGCAUUACGACGUCCACAACUUGUACAGCUACGCCCAAACCCUCCGGACGUACGAGGCACUCUUCCAAAUCACGUCCAACCGACCUUUCAUCAUCUCCAGGUCCACCUUCUCCGGGCAAGGCCAGUACUCUGGACACUGGAGUGGCGACAUCGAGUCAGACUGGGAUUCGUUGCGAUAUUCAAUUUCAUCUAUGCUCACAUUCAAUAUUCUCGGCAUGCCCAUGACCGGCUCUGACAUUUGCGGCUUCUGGGACAAUGCAACGGCUGAGCUCUGCCAUCGCUGGCACGCUUUGGGUGCAUUUUACCCUUUUGCCAGGAACCACAACGCGAGAGGAAGCGUUGAUCAGGACCCUGCAGCCUGGGGAACGCAAUUCUCUUCCGCGACUCGAAAGAUCUUACGAGUACGUUACAACUUCCUUCCGUAUCUUUACACGCUCUUCUACCGCAGUCACGCCUUCGGGGACACUGUAGCACGGCCACUGUUCUUCGAGUUCCCGAAGGAUAUCAGCACGUACUCCAUCGACACGCAGUUUCUCUGGGGAGCCUCGCUUCUCAUUCUUCCAGUCGUCGAACCGAACACGACAGAGAUAAAACCUUAUCUCCCGCGUGGUAUCUGGUUCGACACCCUACUCGGCACGCCGUACCGUAGCGCAGGUGAAGACUUCGUUAUCACUCCCCAGGCAGACCUGGUCUGUCUAAUGCUCCGAGGGGGCGCUGUGAUUCCAACCCAAGAAACAGCGCAGACGACAGCAGGAAGUCGGCUUAAGCCCUUCAGCCUUCUAGUCGCGGAAGACAACGAGGGCGUCGCCAUGGGCGAACUUUACUGGGACGAUGGCGAGUCGAUAGGAUCGUACGAAAGAGGAGAGUACAACCUGGUCGAGUUCAAUGUGGUGCACGGUCAGCUCAACGGGUACUGCGUGCACUGUAAAUACGAUACGAUUAUGCUUCUCAACGCGGUCGUCCUCUACGGGUUGAAGCAGAAGCCGCAAUAUGUUCGUUUUAAUAAUCAUCCGGCGAACUUCACGUACAAUCACGAAGGUCAAUUUAUGAAGGUCGCUGGACUUCAUUAUCAGAUGACUAAAGGAUUCUCCCUGACGUGGACACACUAA